AUGGGGAAGUUUUCUAAGUUUGUUGGGUUGUUUGCUGUGAUGUUUGUAGUGGUGCUAGCAAUAGCUGAGUGUCGUAAGAUUGAGAAAGAAACAUUUUCUGAAGGCCUAGGAGGUGGUUUAGGUGGUGGUGCUGGUGGGGGAUUUGGUGGUGGUGUAGGAGGUGGAGGCGGUGCUGGUGGUGGCUUGGGAGGUGGUGCUGGGGCUGGUGCCGGAGGUGGAGUUGGCGGUGGAAGUGGAGGUGGUGCUGGUGGGGGCUUUGGAGGUGGCAAAGGUGGCGGUGUAGGAGGUGGAUUCGGGGGUGGUGCCGGAGGUGGGGUUGGUGGUGGAAGUGGAGGUGGUGCUGGUGGGGGAUUUGGUGGUGGCAAAGGCGGCGGUGUAGGAGGUGGAUCUGGGGGUGGUGUUGGAGGUGGAGUUGGUGGUGGAAGAGGAGGUGGUGUUGGAGGCGGAGUUGGUGUAGGCGGAGGCGCUGGGGGAGGUGCAGGUGGUGGUGUUGGAGGAGGAGCUGGUGGCGGAGGUGGUGCCGGUGGAGGCAUUGGGGGUGGUGCAGGUGGUGGUGUUGGAGGAGGAGUUGGCGGUGGAGGUGGUGCCGGUGGAGGUGCUGGUGGAGGCUUUGGGGGUGGCAAAGGUGGCGGUGUUGGAGGAGGAGUUGGCGGUGGAGGUGGUGCCGGUGGAGGUGCUGGUGGAGGCUUUGGGGGUGGCAAAGGUGGCGGUGUUGGAGGAGGAGUUGGUGGCGGUGCUGGUGGAGGGAUUGGUGGUGGAGUUUAA